UGUCUCAAUGUACUAUUCCCGGAGCGAAAAAGGGGGAGAAAAAAAUAAUACCUUCAAGAAUCGGUUAUUCCUAUCUUUAACCUUCUACGACCGGCCCGGGAGGAAGCGGCCUUCGCGGUGGAAUGUGCCGUUUAACAACCCGUGUCCUAUUUGUGAACGUAAAUGCACAUGUGUAAGUCAGAGCCUGCCGUUUGGAUUCAAGAGGAAUAUAUAAAAACCGAGCCUGACAGCGGGGCUUUUUCUUUUCUUUUUUUUUUCACCUGCAAGAAACGUCAAAAUUUCGAGGGAUUUUCGCGUCCUCGUCGCGUUUAGCAGGAGCGGAACCGACCAAAGAAUGAGUGGGGGACUAUCGGUGCGCAAUUCGGAGGCUUGACGAUGUGAGGGGCUGAUACACAUUUCAGCAACAAAAGCGAGGGCAGAGAAGGCCCCUUUGGAUUGAGAAGGGGAAAAAAAACAGCAAGGAACAGCCAUCACAAAUAAGGAGGAAAAUCGGGGAAACGGAAUCAUUUCGGGGACCCAAAAGGACAAACGUGGUCAUAAUCGAAGUCUUUGGGCGAUUUAACGCGCAUAAAAGCGGAGCCGAAUGACGACGGAAGCAAUGCAAAUAUCACACAUGUAGUUCUCCUCGGUGUAAAUAUUUUUUUUUUUUUGCUCCUGUACUCCUGUCCGUCUCUGCUUGGACGAAGGCGGGCUUCCGGAGAAUAAACAGAUAAUACAAGUGUACCUAAUAGAAAUGUUUACUAUAAAACGUGCCAAAAAAGAGCCGUGCCGUCGUCCAGGCGACUUUUUCCGACACGCCGAGUUUGGGUCCCCUUCACGGGCAGUAGCGAGACGCGAGACCCGGGCCGCGCUUUGGAGAUGCUAAAUAGGCUUUCUGCGCUGUCCCCGUUCGGAAGCCAGAGAGGUGAAAGCCUCUUUUAGUCUUUAAUUUGUGGAUUACAAUUCAAAUCGGCAGACGGGAAAUAAAAAAAACUGCCCUCGAAGGAGGAAAAGCCGAACAGAAUUUAGCAAACCGAGAGAAAGGCGGCCUCGGUGUCGUCAUCAACAGUAUCCUGCCCUUUUUCUGACAGCCACAUCUGAAAAAUACGCGUUAUGUACACAUAAUUUCCAACGCGGGGACAGCUGCGUGCCAACAAAAAGGACAAUAGCCGGACCGGACACGCAAACCUUCGACUGUGUAAAUGUGGGCGACACCGCUGCCGAAUCCGCGGGUCAAACGAGGGAUCUAGGAUAGUUUUGUUUAUUUAUUUAUUUUUCUUUCCACGUCUCCCCCCCCCCCGUCCCUCCCCACUCACUCUGCCCUGGACCCUUUUUUUUUCUUGCGGGAAGAUGGGUUGUUUGGGCAACAGUAAGACCGAAGACCAGAGAAAUGAGGAGAAGGCACAAAGAGAAGCAAACAAGAAGAUUGAAAAGCAGCUCCAGAAGGACAAGCAGAUAUACAGAGCAACACACAGACUACUACUUUUAGGGGCUGGAGAGUCAGGAAAGAGCACUAUUGUGAAACAAAUGAGGAUCCUGCAUGUCAACGGCUUCAAUGCAGAAGAGAAAAAGCAAAAAAUCCACGACAUUAAGAAUAAUAUUAAAGAGGCCAUUGAGACCAUUGUAACAGCCAUGAGCACGCUGACGCCACCUGUGCAAUUGGCCUGCCCAGAGAACCAGCACCGGAUCGAAUAUGUCCUCAACCUUGUCAGCCAGAAAGACUUUGAGUUUCCAUCUGAGUUCUAUGACCACGCAAAGAAACUGUGGCAGGAUGAGGGCGUCAAGGCAUGCUACGAGAGGUCCAACGAGUACCAGUUAAUCGACUGUGCACAGUACUUUUUAGACAAGAUUGACAUUGUGAAACAGAGUGAUUACACUCCAACAGAUCAGGACCUGCUGCGGUGCAGAGUCUUGACUUCAGGAAUCUUUGAGACAAGAUUCCAAGUGGACAAAGUUAAUUUCCAUAUGUUUGAUGUUGGCGGCCAAAGGGAUGAACGCCGGAAGUGGAUCCAGUGCUUUAACGAUGUAACGGCCAUCAUCUUUGUGGUGGCCAGUAGCAGUUACAACAUGGUGAUCAGAGAGGACAAUCAGACCAACCGUUUACAAGAAGCCCUCAAUCUCUUUAAGAACAUCUGGAAUAACAGGUGGCUGCGGACCAUUUCUGUCAUUCUGUUCCUUAACAAACAGGACCUGCUAGCAGACAAGGUGUUGGCGGGAAAGUCCAAGAUUGAGGACUACUUUCCAGAGUUUGCUCGCUACACCACACCAGACGAUGCGUCACCAGAACCAGGGGAGGAUCCACGCGUCACAAGGGCAAAGUACUUCAUAAGAGAUGAAUUCCUGAGGAUCAGCACGGCCAGCGGGGACGGGAGACACUACUGCUACCCCCACUUCACCUGCGCCGUGGACACGGAAAACAUCCGCCGCGUUUUCAAUGACUGUCGAGACAUCAUCCAGCGGAUGCACCUGCGGCAGUACGAGCUCUUGUGAUGGGAGAGAGAUGGGUUUAUUGCCAAAUAAAAAAACACAAAAAAAAAAAAGAAUAAAAGAGUAAAUAAAUAAACCGACGAAAAAGAUUGAACUUUGAACCCUGAACUGAGUCUCUAAACUCCCCUCUCCUGCAGCAGUACAAGUUAUCAUGAAGGAACGGAGGACAGGGACCGAAAACACACAUGUAGACAUGCGUGCGCGCACACACAUGUACACACACACACACAUACAGAUGGACUUCGAACUCUCAGCCUUGAACUCUGAACUUCUCCCGCCCAUCCUCUUCUGAUGCAACCUCCAUAUUUGCAGUAGAAACAGCUGUUUGGAUGGAAAUAUAGGGAGGUACAAAAAAACUUACUGCACCUACUGUCGCCACCAUCCUCAGCUAAGCCCCAGUUCCUCACCUGACCUGAUAUGACCCCCACCCACCCACUGCCUGCAUCUUUCCUUUGUUCCCUAUAUCCUUCAGUCCUCACCGCCUGGUCCCUUAUCCACCUGGAUAGAUUUAAGGUUGUUGGGUUUUGUUUUGUUUUUUGUCUUUUUAUUUUAUGUUCUCCCUGAGAUUAAGAUAAAAAAUAAAGACACCUAACCAAACAGCGCACCCUGGAAAGAGGUAACUAUUGCAUAUGGAGAAUAAAAGCAUCACAUCAGAUCAACUGAACUCCACUGUAUUUAAAAAAAGAAAAAGCACUGUGCUCAGGACUCGAAAUGAUCUUAUGGCGUACGCACACACAUGCGAAAAUGCAAGAAGUCUUUCCUGUCACAGAUGCACUUCAUUUCUGCAAACACACACAAACAGACACUUGUUUUCUCGACCACAGCAUCAGCUCGCACACAGAAAAAUAUCACACCCAUGCUUUUUACUGGACUGCAUGGCCACCGGCCAUGCCUGAGCUGCCUUUUAGCCAGCGAGUCCUGAAAAGAACUAGUCCACCCACCAGGGGGGCUUACGAGUGACCAACUGAUUUCCUGGCUGGUUCGUCGUCUUACCGACUGAUUUUUCUAUCUCACUGGCUUGCACGCAGCGCAAUGCUUUUGAGAUUAAGUGACUGACUGACUGAUUCCACAGCCAGUCCCCACGGAGCAGUGUUACCAUGUUGACUGACUAAGGACCCCGGGGCCGUGUUGUGGACAGUUAAAAGUCAUGGUGGGACAGGGGGGUUCGGGAAAGGGACAGGACCAACACCGAUGUGAAUUUCUCUGGCGGAGAUUGGACGCCUUGGACACGGGGGACGAUGGAGAUCAUUGCUCCCUCACCUUCUCUGCGGGAUUGUCUUGCCACCUUGACUUUGCCUUGUUCGGUGGCAAAAGCGAGGAGGAUGUAUUGAAAUUUAAAGAAAAAAAAGCAAAGAAAAAAUGCCAACUUUUACGGAACUCGACUAAUGGGAGUGCAAAAAGCAUCCUUCAACAGUGCAGUACCUUAUAUGUUAAAGAGAACUCAUCUUGUCAUUAUUGACCCUCUUACUGUCUCCACAGCUGUUUUUGUCUGUGUGGACCUUUGUGCCAUUGUGCCCUGUGCGCUUUUUUUUUCCAUCGUCCCGACACUUUGUCAUUCUUUCCCCCCCCCCCUUUCUGUUUUACUAAUUUUUUCUCUCUCUCCCCAUCUCUCUUUCAAUCCAGUCUGACAAGUUUAUUUUUCCUCGCUCUCACUCACCCCCCCCACCACCACCACCACCUCCAAUCCCCCAAUCCUCCUCCUCCCUACACACCACCUCCUCAUUCACUCACUACACCCUUGACAUCUACCCCCCUCCUGCACUGUUACCUUACCGGCAUUGCAUUGUUUUUUUUUGUUUUUUGUUUUGUUUAGAAAAUUAAUAUAACAGUCGUCAUCCUCAAUUGAAAAAAGAAGACAAACAAAAGCAAAUGGGACACUAAUCUUUUCUCAUAUGGUUAAACACCCACCACCACCACCAUGCCCCUUCAUUCCUCCUACCGCUGUCCCCCCCCCCCCCCCCCACCCAACCCCCAUCUCUCCUGUCCCCCUUUACUCACUUCUGGCUCCUUUGUGUGUCCGUCUUUACUUUACUGCUGAUCUAUUAUUCUUGUACAGACUGUAAAAUCUAUUAUUUUGUACAACUUUAUUGAAAAAAAAAAGAAAAAAACUUUUAGAAGAUCCCUGUGCCUUGAUCACGACUGUACGUGUGUAAUGAGCUAAAGUGGAAGUCAUACUGCGCUGUAUAGCUUGGCCAAUUCCCUCCCAGCUCCUCGCCUUCCUUUCCACCUCCCUCUCUUUCUGUCUGUCUGUCUGUCUGUCUCUCUCUCUCUCUCUCUCUCUCUCUCUCUCUCUCUCUCUCUCUUCCCUCUCUCUCCUCAGGGACAGAGGAUAACCAUUCGUAACUUGACAGGUUUUAUUUCUGUGCCCCUAUCUCCUCCUUCUCUCUUUAUGAUUUAAAUGUCUAUUUUUGGAUCCAUAUACCCCCAAAAAAUAAAUAUAUGAAAUGUAUAUGGGUUUUAAAAAAAAAGUAUUUUAUUAGAAUCAAAUGAACCUUGACAAAUUGUACACUUGACAGUGUGCGUAUUGCUAUAACUUAAAUCCUUUCAACAGAUGUUGUGUUCGGGUUUCUUUUGUUUCAUCCGUUAUAUCUGCAAAUGACAUUUUGAAGUGUUGAGAUGAGAAGUGUUAUUCACCAUUUUUAAUUUCAUCCAGAUUUCUUUUUUAUUUAGCUUUAAAGUGAAGGUGCCAAUGAGGACCCGAAUGCAAAACAUUUUCUUUUUGUUGUUUCUACACAAAUCUUUUUUCUUUUGGUAAAGAAAAGAGAAAAUAAUAACAAAGUCGAGAAAUUAGUUAAUUCGUUUUCUUUUAUUUUCUGAUGGGGGGGAUCUCUUCCUUCCUAGCCUUGCACAACAGAGGCAGCCUGUACAGUAUUAGCCUCUCUCUCACUUCAGUGCCCUAGUCUUCAUUUACUGUGUUACAUCAAAUAUGGAUCUCUACUUUCUGAACAGGAGCUCUGAGAAAUAAAGGUUUUUUUUUUGGUGCA